AUGGAUAUCCCUGAAAAGCUUCUCAAGUACAAACUCCACAUCCUUUCGGCCAUUACUUUAUGCUCAUCCAUCGUUUUUAUCAUCUAUCUUGCACCUAGAGUUCUCGAUAUUAUUAAGUACUUUUGGCCUCUACUCGUCUCGACGGCGCUCUUCCUCGUUGCCGUAUUUAUUUUUGGUCGGAUUUCUCCUCCACCGGCAUCAGCCCCCGAUGAAAAAGCCGGAGAAGGAUUGUUGGACUACGUUGCCGGUCAGCCGGAGCAAUUACAUGCUGCCGCCAUACAAGAGCUAGGAGAAGAUAGUUUCAGAGCCCAAUAA